AUGCCGCCCGCCCAGCCGCGCAAGCCGGCCGACGUCUCGGCCGCCAACAAGGAGCGCAACGAGUACAUUCCCAGCUUCAUCGCCAAGAAGCCUUUCUACAUAACCGACGACUCGACCGACAACGACUACCUCGAGCACCAGCGUCUGCAGAAGUCCUCUCUCGAUGCCGAGUCAAAAUGGUACGACCGCGGCAGGAAGGCUGGCCCGGCAGCCACCAAGUACCGCAAAGGCGCCUGCGAGAACUGCGGCUCCAUGACCCACAAGACCAAGGAGUGCUUGAGCCGACCGCGCAAGGCAGGCGCUCGCUGGACGGGCAAGGACAUCCAGGCAGACGAGCUUGUCCAGGAUGUUCAGCUAGGCUGGGAUGCCAAGAGAGACCGCUGGAACGGCUACGAUGCAAACGAAUACACGGCCGUCAUCGAAGAAUACAACGAGAUGGAGGAAAAGAAAAAGAAGGUCAAGGGCGAAAAUGGCCAGAGGGUGGAGGGAGAGGACGAUGACGAGGAUGGCGACGAGGGCGCUAAGUACGAGGCCGAGACGAACAUGGGAAGGACGCAGCCUACGUCGACACGGAACCUGCGCAUACGUGAGGACACGGCCAAAUAUCUCCUCAAUCUCGACCUGGACUCCGCAAAAUACGACCCAAAGACCAGAUCAAUGGUGGACAGCGGCGCCACCGCUGACAAAUCGGCGGCUCUCGUUGCGGAGGAAGGUUUUAUGCGCGCGUCCGGCGACGCAGCUGAGUUUGAGAGGGCACAGAAAUAUGCGUGGGAGAGCCAAGAGCGGGGAGACAAGACCAAAAUGCACAUGCAAGCGAACCCUACGUCGGGCGAGUAUUUCCGGAAGAAGGAGAAGGAGGAGGCCGAGGCAAAGCGACAGGCACACAAAAAGGCCCUUCUCGAGAAGUACGGAGGCCACGAGCACCUUCAAAACGCACCUCUCAAGGAUGCUGCCAUUGUCGAGAGCGAACGGUAUGUGGAGUACGACGCCAAGGGCGGCAUCAAAGGCGCGCCAAAGGUCAAAGCGAAAUCCAAAUACCCCGAGGACGUGCUCAUCAACAACCACACUUCGGUCUGGGGGAGCUGGUGGUCGAAUUUCCAGUGGGGUUACUUUUGCUGUCAUUCGACUGUGAAGAACAGCUACUGCACGGGCGAGGCGGGCAAGAAGGCAUACGAGGAAUCGCAGCGGAUCAAGUCAGCCGCGGAUGCGGAUGAGGUCCCCAGGGAUAUUGCAUGGAAGCAAGACGAGGCACUCGAGGAACACGUCCCCAACGCGGUGGAGCGCGACGAGAAAUCAAGGGAAGACACCAAGGCGAAGAAGAGAACGCUCGACGAAAUGGCAGCGGGCGUCACGGAGGAGGAAAUGGAGGAAUAUCGGCGAAAGCGGACCGCUGCCGAUGACCCCAUGGCCAAGUUCCUCGGCAAGGACGAUCUGCUGUGA